AACAAGUAUCUUCUGAUCGUGUGGUUCUGAGAGGUAACCAGCUAUCUGGCCACUGGUCACGUAGCCAGAUAAGCUUUCUAACUCAGUUUAACCUUAAAGGCUAUGCUAGCACAAAGAGCUAUUUUAAUUUUUUGGAUUGGAUUUCCGGACCUUGUCAAAUAGCUCCGUAAAAAUUGAGCUAUUGGUUACUGUUGCGGCAUGGUCCUGAAGUGGGCGGUUUCGAAUCAAUGUCAUAAUAUUGUUACAGUCGGUAGCAACAACAAGGUAGCCUCCAGCUCGCUAGAACGUAGUUGAAGAUUCUGCGCAUGCUGCUGGGUCGUUCGAACGCGAAAUUGGAAUUCCGAAGCACCGUUUCUUCUAAAGAAAAGUUACCGCAAGGAGAGUGACGAUGGUGCACAGCAAGCAAAUAAGAGUUUUGGUCCUGAACGACAUGGAGAAUCUUGACAGGACUCUAUUUCGACUGGACCAAGGCUUCGAGCUUCAGUUCCGCCUGGGUCCAACGCUGCAGGGGAAACCUGUGCAAGUCCGGACCAACUACCCCUCCAAAGGGGAGAAGUUUGACCGCCAUGAUUUCCGCACCCUAGAAUGGAUCAACCCCACAGAGAGAGAGGAUGACUCUGACAAAUUUUGCACCCUGGACCUGCAAAUAGCGGGAUCCUAUCAAUAUUAUUUUGGACAUGGAGAGGAUGAGAAGAGUGGUGGAGGCUACUUUGUGGUGGAUCCGGUGCUGCGUGUCGGCACAGACAACCACAUUCUGCCAUUGGACUGCAUCACCAUUCAGACCUACCUGUCCAAAUGUCUUGGACCUUUGGAUGAGUGGCCAGACAGGCUCCGGGUAGCCAAGGAGUCGGGCUACAACAUGGUCCACUUCACACCGCUGCAGGUUCUGGGCAUAUCCCGCUCCUGCUACUCCCUAGCCGAUCAGCUGGAGUUGAACCCGGAUUUCUCCACGUCUGAGAAGAGGUACACCUGGAUGGACGUGGGGCUCUUGGUAGAGAAACUGAAGAAGGAGUGGAACAUGCUCUGCAUCACUGACGUGGUUUACAAUCACACAGCUGCGAACAGUCCGUGGAUCAGGCAGCACCCGGAGUGUGGGUAUAACCUGGUGAACUCCCCACACCUGAAGCCAGCCUGGGUACUGGACAGGGCAGUGUGGCACCUCACCUGCAACAUCGCCGACGGGAAGUAUGAGGACCAGGGCCUCCCCGCCCUCAUCCAGAACGAUGGACACCUCGAUAAAAUCCGCUGUGUCUUCAGUAAGGAUGUCUUUCCCAAGAUUAAACUUUGGGAAUUCUUCCAAGUUGGUGUGGACAAAACCGUGGACCAGUUUCGGAAGCUGCUUCAAAGCGGCAAAGCAGCAAAGAGUAAGCCCGGUGCUGAGGCCCAGCUGACCGUAAUCCCGGACCCUGAGUACAGGCGGUUCGGCUGCACCCUUAACAUGAGCGCUGUCCUGGCAACCUUCGUCCCGCAAAGCAAGAGCCUGGCAGCCAUUGAGGAAUGCUGCGGCAGCCUCCGGAAGAAGCUGGAGGAGAUAAAUGAGAAACGUUAUAAGGAGACGCAUUACCACCAGGAGCAGGCUGUCAACUGUAUUAUGGGAAAUGUAGUUUAUGAACGACUAGCUGACCAUGGACCCAAGCUGGGCCCCAUCACCAGGAAAAACCCUUUGGUGACAAGAUAUUUCACGUUCCCAUUUGCGGAGAUGGCACUGGACCAGGAGCUGCUGCUGAUACACAAGGCUGACACAGCCUGCCACUUCAUGGCCCACAACGGCUGGGUGAUGGCGGAUGACCCCCUGUGCAACUUUGCAGAGCCAGGUUCCAACGUUUACCUGAGACGGGAGCUGAUAUGCUGGGGGGACAGCGUCAAGCUUCGCUAUGGCAACAAGCCAGAGGACUGCCCCUACCUGUGGGCACACAUGAAGAAGUACACGGAGAUCACCGCUAAACAUUUCUGCGGAGUGCGUCUGGACAACUGCCACUCGACCCCUCUCCAUGUGGCCGAGGCGAUGCUGGCUGCUGCCAGGGCGGUCAGGCCCAAUCUGUACGUGAUAGCCGAGCUCUUUACGGGCAGCGAGCUGAUUGACAAUGUCUUUGUGAACCGGCUGGGAAUAACCAGCCUCAUCAGAGAGGCGAUGAGUGCCGGGGAUAGCCACGAGGAGGGCCGGCUGGUGUACCGCUACGGGGGAGAGCCCGUGGGAGCCUUCGUCCAGCCCAGCCUGCGGCCCCAGGUCCCCAGCAUAGCCCACGCCAUGUUCCUGGACGUCACCCACGACAACGAGUGCCCCAUUCAGCUCCGCUCUCCAUACGACUCCCUUCCCAGCUCUGCCAUCGUCUCCAUGGCCUGCUGUGCGACGGGCAGCACUAGAGGCUACGACGAGCUCGUGCCCCACCAGAUAUCGGUGGUGAAGGAGGAGCGCUAUUACACCAAGUGGAACCCGGAGGCCCUGCCAGAGGUGGCAGGAGAGGUUAACCAGGAGAGCGGCAUCAUCGCCGGCAAGCUUGCCCUCAACCGUCUGCACCAGGAGCUGGCAGCCAAAGGCUUCAUCCAGGUGUACGUGGACCAGGUGGACGAGGACAUCGUGGCCGUCACCAGGCACUGUCCCAGCACGCACCAGUCAGUGGUGGCGGUAUCGCGCACAGCUUUCCGCCAUCCCAAGACCCACCACUACAGAGACGAGGUACCGCCCAUGUUUAUUCCAGGCAAAAUCGAGGAGGUGGUGCUGGAGGCUCGGACUGUGGAAAGGCACGCCGGGUUCUACGCGAAAGACGAGGAGAGCAUUAACGGCAUGCCUGAGUACACCGUGGAGAUCACAGAGCACAUCCAGCUGAAGGACAGCAUGAUCGUGAAACAGGCGGAAGUGACAUCAAAAGGCCCCAACGAGUUUGUGCAGGAGAUUAUAUUUGAGCGGCUGACCCCUGGCAGUGUAAUCGCGUUCAGGGUGAGCCUGGACCCCAAGGCCCAGGAGCUGGUGGGUGUGCUUCGGAACCACCUGAUCCAGUUCAGCCCCCACUACAAAUCUGGCAGUCUACCGGACAGUGAUGCUCCAGCUAUACUCAAGAAGCCUUUGAAAUCAAUCAUGUCUAAGCUGACGUUGGCUGAUAUGAAUGCGCUGCUGUUCUGCUGCGAUGCUGAGGAGCAGGAAGAGGGCGGAGGCUGCUAUACCAUCCCCUCCUGGGUGGCUCUGAAGUAUGGUGGCCUUCAAGGUUUCUUGUCGGUGAUGGCCGACAUUCGUGCCAAAAACGAUUUGGGCCACCCCUUCUGUGACAACCUGAGGCAAGGGGACUGGAUGAUUGACUACGUGAGCAACCGGCUGGUCUCCCGCGGGGGCCAUCUUGGACAGGUGGGAGAGUGGUUCCAGGCCAUGUUUGGGUACCUUAAGCACAUCCCAAGAUACCUCAUCCCCUGCUACUUCGAUGCUAUCCUUGUUGGGGCGUAUACCACCGUUCUGGAUGCCACUUUUCUUCAAAUGUCGAAUUUUGUUCAGACCGGGUCCACCUUUGUGAAGCUCCUGGCCCUGGGUUCGGUGCAGAUGUGCCGGGUGGGCAGUAAGCCCACCCUACCACCCCUGUCCCCUGACCUGGAGGAUGUGCCAUACCGCCUGAACGACACCACUGGGAAGAAGGAACAGUGCUGCGUCUCCUUAGCUGCAGGUCAGACAGGUCUUCCUCAUUUCUCUUCCGGAAUCUUCCGCUGUUGGGGGCGGGACACCUUCAUCGCCCUGCGGGGUCUCAUGCUCCUCACCGGUCGACACCUGGAGGCCAGGAACAUCAUCCUCGCGUUCGCAGGGACCCUGAGGCAUGGACUGAUCCCCAACCUUCUUGGCGAGGGCACCCACGCCAGAUUUAACUGCCGCGACGCUGUGUGGUGGUGGCUGCAGUGCAUCCAGGACUACUGCAAUCUGGUGCCCGAUGGCACCGACAUCCUCCAGUGCCCUGUGUCCCGCCUCUUCCCCACUGACGAUGCCAAACCCCAAGCGCCCGGGGUGGAGGAUCAGGCCCUGUAUGAGGUCAUACAGGAGGCCAUGCAGCGGCAUGCUGAAGGAAUUAAUUUCAGGGAGAGGAACGCAGGACCGCAGAUCGACCGCAAUAUGCAGGACGAAGGGUUCAACGUGGUGGUGAACGUUGACCCCGAGACUGGCUUUGUGUCUGGAGGGAAUAAGUUCAAUUGCGGGACAUGGAUGGACAAAAUGGGGGAGAGCGACAAGGCUGGCAGCAAGGGUAUUCCAGCCACCCCCAGGGAUGGUGCAGCAGUGGAGAUUGUAGGCCUCAGCAAGUCGGCCGUGCGCUGGUUGGUGGAGCUGUAUGAGGGCGGAGUCUUCCCCUAUGCUGAGGUCACUGUCCAGAGAGAUGGCAUGGAAGUCUUAUUUUCCUAUGAGGAGUGGAAUGACCUGAUCCAGACAAACUUUGAGAAGAUGUUCUAUGUGUCACAUGACCCAAAGGACCCCAAUGAGAAGCAUCCAGACCUGGUUCACAAGCGGGGGAUCUACAAGGACAGCUAUGGGGCCUCCAGCCCCUGGUGCGACUACCAACUGCGGCCAAAUUUCACCAUCGCCAUGGUGGUGGCCCCAGAGCUGUUCACCACAGAGCGAGCCUGGGAGGCCCUGGAGAUUGCAGAGAAGAAGCUUCUCGGGCCUCUGGGAAUGAAGACAUUGGAUCCAGACGACAUGGUGUAUUGUGGUGUCUAUGACAACGCUUUGGACAAUGACAACUACAACACUGCAAAAGGUUUCAACUACCACCAAGGACCCGAAUGGCUUUGGCCUGUCGGCUACUUCCUACGUGCCAAGAUUAAUUUUGCCAAGAUGGUGGGAAAGGAGGCUUAUGACGAAACUGUGUUCCUGGUCAAGAAUGUCUUGUCUCGACACUAUGUACAUCUUGAGAGGUCUUCUUGGAAGGGUCUGCCAGAACUGACCAACGACAAUGGACAGUACUGUCCCUUCAGUUGCGAGACCCAGGCCUGGUCCAUCGCUACUGUCCUUGAGGUCCUUCAUGACCUAUAAGGCUUCAAUCCCUGUGGGCAGAGUCCCUUCUCCUAAAGCCUUCCGCCACCUAACCUCACUUUAUAGGUUUUUAAUACACCACGAAAGCACUGUUUUGUUGAAUUGGUAAAUUAAUUCUUAUUUAUUCCAGUAUUCACUGUUUGAGGGUCAUGGGAAUUGUACUUUACACUGCUGAGUGCAGUUUGUAGCUUAGCCGCAUUUAAGUACCAACUGAUACUGUGCUUUGAGCAUGAGUCUGCAAGUAAGUCUAAAAGUCUUGUAAGUACUGCUAUAGUUAUUCAGGUACUGUAUACUGGAGUGUUCACCUUUUUGAUGGAGCUCCAUCAUCUUUCUCUGUUACUUAACCACAUUUUACCUACUUUCAUAACAAAUUAAUAUCUCACAGAAAGGUUUACAAUUAAAAAAAAAUCACUGAACCUUUAGCUUGAUUUUGUUCUUCAUCUUCUUUAUGUUUCAUAACAAGUUACCUAGUUCCACAAGGAAUUCACAUCUCACAAAUAGGUUUACCAAAAAAAAAGGUCAAAUGACCUUUUACAUUAUUUUGUUAUUUUGGGAAAAGGGUCUUGUGCAUACUUCCAAGAACAUUGAAUCAUUUGAUGGAGCGAAAUAACAUUUUCAAUAGUUUUGUUGUGACUGUUAAAAAUGGAAAAACCUGCAAAUAGGUGUGUUGCUUGCAUAUUGUUACGAUGUUAAUGUGUUUUAACCUUUGAGGAGAGUAGUAACCCUCUGUUUUGUGUAUUCUAAACCCUGGCUGUCCUGUUCCUGGAAUGCUAAGACCUUUUAGUAUAUAGCCAACCACGAUACUUUGGCCAAAUUAUUGAUCCAAUUAAGUGAUUAACGUCAUUAUUGUUAUAAUUAUGCAAUUGACUAUUCCAAUGAAAUGCAACCAAGAUGUCUAAAAUUCCAGGAGCAGAGUGGUCAACUCUUGACCCAUGCCACUUCAUUCCUCAUUGUAUUAAAAGUAAUUGUGGGGUAAAAUAACAGCACUGUACUUUAUUCGCUAAAAUUGUGCACUUUAUUGUCUGUUUGGACCUGAAUUGUUCCAAGUCUGUCAGUAGUUACAUUUCCAUUAGUGAAUUUAUGUAUAACUUACUGUAUAAAGUUUUGUGUGACUUGCUGAAUAAAACACAAGCUUUGUGUCCACAAAAUGAGCUGUCCGUUACUGUAAAAAUGCUGGGCCAUUUUGCUGAGUCAGUGGUCAAGACAGAUCAAAAUUGUUUCUAAAGCAAAUGGAAACGACUUUAUACAGUACUUUGGCUGAAUUGAAAAACUACCACCAACCAAAGAUGAAUUCAAGAUUACAAUUGGUUUACUCAAAUCACCCAAUUCCUGACAAGGGAAUUUGUGAGCACUGACCUUGGUGGGUUCAACAAUCGAUUGCAUUCAAAAGCACUAAUGGAAACGCUUCUAAUUUGUGGUCUACUCACCCUAAUUGUUGCUUGUUAAAGUGGUGGUUUUGGGUCAUGGGUAUGAUUAAAAUGGCCAUCAUAAGAAGUUGCUUGUGUUCCAUUUGAUGUGGAUAUCAGUGAUUGUGUGUGCAUGUGAUGUUGUUCUAGCAUGCAAUCUAUGGUUUCACUACAAUAAAAUGUGAACCCUG